CGCAGUGAGCGCGCUGGGCUCAAAGUAGAGAGCAGUCCCUAGUCUAAGCCUUUCCAUCGCCCUCCGGCACCGCCAGUACCACGGACUCCACCCUGCCGCGGCCCCUCGGCGAUGCGGUGCAGCUGCCACUCGACCAGACUAGGUCUUGCUGUUGCCCAGCUGGUGUUCAGUGGCACAAUCACAGAUGACAGCAGCCUCGACCUCCUGGGCUCGCUCUGUGCUCCUGCCUCCCAAGGAGCUGGGACUACAGCUCCUGGGUCCCUCCAUCAUCACUGUCUUCCUGAGCCACCUGCCUCUGAGUUUCUUCAUCACCAAGAAGAGGAAUCACUGUCAGGUUCAGCUGUCCCAAUGUCCAUCUGUCACUUGGACUGUAUCUCCAGCCUCCGGCAUGGCCUCCUCUGGGCACGGUGGCUCACGCCUGUAAUUCCAGCACUUUGGGAUAUCGAGGCAGGUGGAUCUCCUGAGGAGAGCAAAUGAGGAAGAAGGACUUGUGGGCCCGGCUCACCAGCUCCAUCCUCAGGAACUCGAGGACCAUCAAGUUCCAUGGCUGUGAGGGAGCCUUUCUGGACAGAGUCCUGGGCAUCCGAAGCCAGGAGCUGCGCACCUUGUGGACCUCUGGCCUCCUCUUCUCCGUGUCGCUGGUGUCCUUCCAAGCGUCUACAUUUCUGGUUCUGUCACUCUAGUCUCUAUACCGAGCAGGACUGGGGAAGGAGAGUGGGGCUUAGGAGGCUGGAAUGCAAUGGCAUGAUCUUGGCUCUCUGCAACCUCUGUCUCGCAGAUUCAAGCGACUUUCCUGCCUCAGACUCCCAAGAAGCUGGGAUUACAGAUUACAUUAGAUUGUCAACAACCACAUGAACACGAAAGGGAUUCUUCCCCAGUUGAGCCUUCACAAGAAACCCCAGUGCUGGAUGACACCUGGAUUGUAGCCUUGUGACAGACUCAGAAGCAAAGGACCCAGCUGAGCUGUACCUGGACUUGUAACCCACAGAAAUCAUGAAAUAAUCCACUUGACUUUCAAGACCCAUCUCAUGUGCAAAGACUCAUAUAAACUUAAAGGGAUGGAGGAAUAUUUACCAAGCAAAUGGAAGGCAAAAAAAAAGCGGGGGUUGCAAUCCUAGUCUCCGAUGAAACAGACUUGAAACCAAUGAAGAUCAAAAAGACUAAGAAGGGCAUUACAUAAUGGUAAAGGGAUAAAUGCAACAAGAAGAGCUAACUAUCCAAAUAUAUAUGCGCCCAAUACAGGAGCACCCAGAUUCAUAAAGCAAGUUCUUAGAGAUCUACAAAGAGACUUAGACUGCCACAUAAUAAUAGUGAGAGACUUUAACAUCCCACUGUCAAUAUUAGAUCAACAAGACAGAAAAUUAACAAGGAUAAUCAGGACUUCAACUGAUCUCUGGACCAAGCAGACCUAAUAGACAUCUAUUGAACUCUCUGCCCCAAAUCAACAGAAUAUGCAUUCUUCUCAGUGACACGUAACACAUAAUCUAAAAUUGACCACAUAAUUGGAAGUAAAACACUCCUCCGCUAAUACAGAAUAACAACAGUUUCUUAGACCAUGGUUCAAUCAAAUUAGAACUCAGAAUUAAGAAACUCACUCAAAACCGCACAACUACGUGGAAACUGAACAACCUGCUCCUGUAUGACUACUGUGUACAUAACAAAAUUAAGACAGAGAUAAAUAAGUUCUUUCAAACCAACGAAGACAAAGACAUGAUGUACCAGAAUCUCUGGUCCCCACCGAGGGGAUGACAGGUGGCACUGAGAGGAGCUGGUAGGGAGCUGUGGUCUCGAGUGCCCCUCUAGUCCUGAGCCUCCUCCCUCCUCGCUUCUCCACCCACUGGACUCUUGGCUUAAAGGGCUUGAUUUUCAGUCCAAUUCCCUGCUCCCCCUUUUGAUUGCUCAUUCCAGACUCUGACUCCAGUUAAUCUCAGCACAGAGCUCGCAAGACACAAGCCAAGUCCCUUUCCUUGACAGUUUAGUUAAACCCCACUGUUUCCUGAGGGCUUAUUACAGAGAAGCCUGGGCUGGGCACAGUGGAUGCACCUGUAAUCCCAGCACUUUGGGAGGCCUGGGUGAGUGGAUCACCUGAGGUCAGGAGUUUGAGACCAUCCUGGCCAUCAUUAAAUGGCGAGCCCCUGUCUCUAUUAAAAAAUACAAAGAAAGCCAGGUGUGGGGGCACAUGCCUGUAAUCCCAAGGAUUUAGGAGGCUGAGUCAGGAGAAUCACUUGAACCCAGGAGAUGGAGGUUGCAGUGAGCCACAGUUGUGCCACUGCACUCAUGCCUGGGCGACAGAGCAAGACUCCAUCCUCACCCCACAAAAAAAGGUCUGGAAUUUUCUAGGAAUAUUUGCCUUUUGUAUUUCCGUCAGUGUUGCCAGCAUUCUCUCAGGAAUAGUCCCUGUAUUUCAUACCCAGUUAGUGAUGAGGCUAAUUAUCCUGAUCUCUAGUUUCCGCUCCCUGCCCACCAGCAGAUUUAAACCCCUGUACUGUGGCGUGUACUUUGCCCACUGCGAAAUCUUAGGGUUUAACUUCUCUUGCCUUCUAGAAAAUGAACCACUUUGUUCCUUAAGUCAUUUACUCACUAAUAACUUGUUGAGAGGCUUUGUUUUGUGGAGCAUGAAGGAUCUGACAUAGUAACUCCUACCAGCAAUGCUGGUCUUCACAAUAUAUGCAGCUGAUUAAAGUUCCUGGUUUAUACCACCUACUUCCCUGGUAAGAACUUCAUUCCUUCAACCAAUACUUUUCAUUUGAAAACAUCUAAUUAUGAAAGCCUUCAAUCUUUUAGGCAUCUGCAUCUUGCAGAAUAAAUAUGGUUCCAAAGAGCCUAUCUUUUCGACAUAUCCUUGGUUAGAGCCUGGAUGAAACAGUUAUUACAAAAUCAACUAGAGAGAAAAAAACUCUUCAUCUAACACUAGUCUUUCUAUUCUGAAAGGUGAAAUCCUUUGACCUAGAUUCUGUCCCUUGCAAGGCAAGUGACAGUAGGUGAGCCUAAAAAAAUUGGUUAAAUCUUGAUCUAAAACAUUAAAUUCAUGAACCACACUGAUUUGAUUACCCUGAAAACCUACCAGAGAGAAAGUUCUCCCUUUUAUCCACCUUCAUUGUUACCUUCAGAGCAGCUCUCUCCAUAGCAACUGAAAACUUCUCUGGGCUGAAAUAAUCCUCUCUAGCUCCCAGUGCACAGUCAAAGAAUUUUAAAAACAGGGAACUUUGUAACUGAGAAAUCGUCUCCAAGAUUUAAAGGGCUGUGGAGCUCCAGAUAAAGAAUCGUUUAUCUUUCUUCUGAAGAAAUUCCUUUGGUUACAAGUUUACCCUGUAAACGGCAACACACUCAUCUCCAACCAAGACAGACUCAAGGUGGAGGAAGUGUGGAAAUGUGCUUCUGGACAAAGCUUUCAGUGUCCUGGGUGCCGCUGUUUCUUCUACUGGGCCUUGUUUUUUCCACUGAGACAGACAAACCCUCGACCCAAGACAGCAGAGGUCGUGGGAGUUCAGGCCAACUGGCAGACCUACUGCAGGUUCUCUCUGCUGGUGACCACAUACCCCACAGCCACUCAAGAAGCCUCAUCAAAACAUUGUUGGAGAAAACUGGGUGUCCACGGAGGAGAAAUGGAAUGCAAGGAGAUUGCAAUCUGUGCUUUGAACCAGAUGCACUAUUACUAAUAGCUGGAGGAAAUUCUGAAGAUCAGCUUAGAGAAGAAGUGGUCCAGAGAGCUUCUCUUCUCCUUCUCUAUUACAUUAUUCACCAGGAAGAGAUCUGUUCUUCAAAGCUCAACAUGAGUAAUAAAGAGUACAGAUUUUACCUACAUAGUCUACUGAGCCUCAGGCAGGAUGAAGACUCCUCUUUCCUUUCACAGAAUGAGACAGAAGAUAUCUUGGCUUUCACCAGGAAGUACUUUGACACUUCUCAAAGCCAGUGUAUGGAAACUAAAGCACUGCAGAAAAAAUCUGGAAUAGUGAGCAGCAAAGGUGCUAAUGAAAAUACACUUCCUCAGCUGGCAGCCACCAUUAUUACUUUGUCCCUCCAGGGCGUUUGUCUGGGACAGGGGAACUUGCCUUCCCCAGACUACUUCACAGAGUACAUUUUCAGUUCGUUGGACCAUACGCAUACCCUCCACCUAUCAGAACUAGACCAACUCCUCAACACUCUCUGGACCAGAAGUACCUGUAUCAAAAAGGAUAAAAUCCAUCAACUUCAAAGGAAACAAAACAAUGCAAUAACCCAUGAUCAGGACGAUUCUAAUUUCUCUUCAUCUUUGGACAAAGAGUCUGAGGGUGGUCCAAUUUCCUGGGACCAGACUUGCUUCUCUGCUAGGCAGCUGGUGGAGAUAUUUCUACAGAAGGGCCUCUCCUCCAUUUCUAAGGAGGACUUUAAGCAAAUGAGUCCAGGAAUCAUCCAGCAACUCCUCAGCUGCUCCUGCCACUCGCCCAAGGACCAGCAAGCAAAGCUGCCACCCACCACUCUGGAGAAAUAUGGCUACAGCACCGUGGCUGUCACCCUUCUUACAGUGGGCUCCAUGCUGGGGACAGCACUGGUCCUUUUCCAUAGCUGUGAGGAGAACUACAGGCUUAUCUUACAGUUGUUUGUAGGCUUGGCCGUCGGUACACUGUCUGGGGAUGCUCUGCUCCACCUUAUCCCUCAGGUUCUUGGUUUACAUAAGCAGGAAGCCUCAGAAUUUGGGCAUUUCCAUGAAAGCAAAGGUCAUAUUUGGAAACUAUUGGGAUUAAUUGGUGGCAUCCAUGGAUUUUUCUUGAUAGAAAAAUGUUUUAUUCUUCUUGUAUCACCAAAUGACAAGGGCCUGUCAUUGGUUAAUGGGCAUGUGGGACAUUCCCACCAUCUUGCACUCAACUCUGAAUUAAGUGACCAGGCAGGCAGAGGCAAAUCUGCUUCAACUAUCCAGUUGCAAAGCCCGGAAGAUUCACAGGCAGCUGAAAUGCCUAUAGCCAGUAUGACAACCUCCAACAGGAAAUGUAAAGCCAUGAGCUUGUUAGCAAUCAUGAUUCUGGUUGGGGACAGCCUGCAUAAUUUUGCAGAUGGCUUAGCUAUAGGAGCAGCUUUCUCAUCGUCGUCUGAGUCAGGAGUGACCACCACGAUUGCUAUCUUGUGUCAUGAAAUCCCACAUGAAAUGGGAGACUUUGCUGUGCUUUUAAGCUCUGGACUUUCUAUUAAGACUGCCAUCCUGAUGAAUUUUAUAAGCGCUCUGACUGCCUUCAUAGGGUUAUACAUUGGCCUUUCUGUGUCAGCUGAUCCGUGUGUUCAAGAAUGGAUCUUCACAGUCACUGCUGGGAUGUUCUUAUAUCUAUCCUUGGUUGAAAUGCUUCCUGAAAUGACUCAUGUUCAAACACAACGACCCUGGAUGAUGUUUCUUCUGCAGAACUUUGGAUUGAUCCUAGGUUGGCUUUCUCUCCUACUCUUGGCUAUAUAUGAGCAAAAUAUUAAAAUUUAAGUUAAGAUCUUCACUGUCUUUCAAAAACACAUUUAUAUAGUCUCACUUUGUUUCUUUCAUUACACUCUACAAUGAUUUGUAAAUUAAGUGUUUUUUAUCUUAGGCAAAGUGUGUAUCUUUUAAUUCAUUAACUUAUUAAUUUUAUAAUGCAGUUUUAUUUUUGGAAACAGAAAUGUCAGACUGUCCUUGAUUGAAAUCUUGUUUUUGGUUUCCAACACCAUGAUGAAACUCUUGCUUUUUAGGAAGUAGUUAGUAAAUUCUGCAUGAAUUGUAAUAAUCUUUAAAAAAAUGGAUCGUUUCCCUAAGAAAGAAUGUUUAUAGCAUUUCAAGUAGACAGACGCCUGUUGGGAUAAAAUCAGCUGCAACUUCUUUGAUGUUAAUUUUUUUCCCUGUGUAUUUAUAAACUAUAAGCAAGUUAAGUGGCAAGCAAAUGUAAUAAAGACUAGUUUUAAUGUG